CGUGUUGCGAGAUGACGUAAACAUAUGUUAUUGUCGUUUGUUUUAAUGAAACCGCGGGCGUUUUUUUGAGUUUUAUUCAAAACACAUCUUGUCAAACCAGUUUGUCAAGUUUCAGGUAAACUAGGUAGCCAUUACGCAGGUAAAAGGAGUGAACAGAAACCAACGUUCGCCUACACUGUUGUUUGUGGCGAGGACAGAGCAAACAUGGUACAGUAACCAGAAACUACAAGACCAAACUGGUGAGAAAUUAUAGACAUACAAGGAAUAGCCUACUGUGAGCGACCUCCAGACGUCUCAUUACCAUGAGUCGGGAGCGAUCAGACUCCCAGGGGUCACUGGGCCCUGACGAUGAGGUCAUGCCGUACAGUGACGACGAGACGGAUGAUGAGUUGGACCCCGGCUCAGACGAGGAGGGGCCCCCUGGGAGGCCACAACCUGAAGAGAUCAAGAGCCCCGAGUCUGGUUGGAAUGUCAAAGCGAACGACAGCGCCUACUGUAACCUGCCAGAGUUUCAGAAAAAAUACCUUUUGUGUCUCAAGAAGAGCAAGUACGCAGGGAAUGGAAUCAAGACGUACAAAUAUAACGCCUUGACGUUCAUCCCACUGAAUCUGUUCGAGCAGUUCAAACGAGUUGCCAACCUUUACUUUCUGGCCCUGCUCAUCUUACAGAUUAUUCCUGAGAUCACCACGUUGCCUUGGUACACGACCUUAGUGCCUUUAGUUCUGGUGCUGGGAAUCACAGCCAUCAAAGACCUAGUGGACGAUCUGGCCCGCCACAGGAUGGACAAGGAGAUCAACAACAGGAAGUGUGAUGUCCUCCUGGAUGGCAGGUUUCAAGAGUCUAAGUGGAUGAAUAUCCAUGUCGGUGAUGUGGUUCGGUUGAAGAAAAAUGCUCACAUCCCGGCCGACAUUCUGUUGUUGUCCAGUUCAAACCCCAACAGUCUUUGUUAUGUGGAAACCGCCGAGCUUGAUGGGGAAACCAACCUGAAGUUCAAGAUGGGUCUGAAAAUAACAGACGAGAGACUGCAGGAGGAGCACCAGCUGGCACAGUUUGACGCCAUGAUAGUGUGUGAGGAGCCUAACAACCGUCUGGAUAAGUUCACGGGGACCAUGCGUUGGAGGAAAGACCGAUUCCCUCUUGAUCUGGACAAUAUGAUGCUGAGAGGAUGCAGGAUCAGAAACACUGACGAGUGUCACGGACUGGUCAUCUUCGCAGGCGCUGACACUAAAAUCAUGAGGAAUGGGGGCAAGACCAGGUUCAAGAGGACUAAAAUUGAUGAGCUGAUGAACUACAUGGUGUAUAGUAUCUUUGUAAUCCUGAUCCUGUUGUGUGCUGGCCUGGCCAUCGGGAACUCCUUCUGGUACGAGGAGGUAGGCAGCAGGGCCUGGUAUCUGAAAGAUGGCAAGGACCAGACUGCUUCUUACAGAGGUUUCCUCAGCUUCUGGGGGUACAUCAUCGUGCUCAACACCAUGGUUCCCAUCUCGCUCUACGUCAGUGUGGAAGUGAUUCGUUUGGGCCAGUCCAAGUUCAUCAACUGGGACCUUCAGAUGUACUACCAGGAGAAAGACACGCCAGCCAAGGCCCGUACCACCACCCUCAACGAACAACUGGGUCAGAUCGAGUACGUCUUCUCGGACAAGACCGGUACCCUCACGCAGAACAUCAUGGCCUUCAAGAAGUGCACCAUCGCCGGACGCACCUUCGGCGAUCCCACCACUGCUGAGGGAGUGACUCUGAAUCGUGGAAAGCCAGUGGAUUUCAGCUGGAACAAGCAUGCAGACAGCAAGUUUGAAUACUUGGAUCAUUCCCUGGUGGACUGCAUCCGGUCCAAGAAGGACCAAGACGCGCUGGAGUUCUUCAAGCUGCUGUCUCUGUGUCACACUGUCAUGGUGGAGCAGAAAGAAGAUGAGUUGGUGUACCAGGCAGCCUCUCCUGACGAGGGAGCUCUGGUGACGGCUGCCAGGAACUUUGGUUUUGUGUUCCUGUCCCGUACCCAGGACACCAUCACCAUCAGCGAGAUGGACCAGGAAAUGACCUACGAGGUGUUGGCCCUGCUCGACUUUAACAGCGACCGCAAACGCAUGUCCAUCAUCCUGAGGUUCCCUGAUGGCCGGAUCCGUUUGUACUGUAAAGGAGCAGACACGGUCAUCUACGAACGCCUCUCUCCUAAAUCCAAACACAAGGAAGUGACCCAGACUGCUCUGGACAUCUUUGCCAACCAGACUCUCCGGACCCUGUGUUUGUGUUAUAAGGAUAUCAGUAAGCAGGAGUUUGACGCCUGGGCUAAGAAGCACAAGGAGGCCAGUGUUGCUAUGGGCAACAGGGAGGCUGCUCUAGAUCGAGUGUAUGAACAAAUUGAGAACAACUUCAUGAUGAUCGGAGCGACUGCCAUCGAGGACAAGCUACAGGACGGGGUUCCUGAGACCAUCGCCAAGCUGGCAAAGGCUCACAUCAAGAUCUGGGUUCUGACUGGAGAUAAGAAAGAAACGGCUGAGAACAUUGGCUAUUCCUGUGAGCUGCUUACCGAUGACAUGCAGAUCCACUAUGGAGAUGUAUCAAGUAGUUUAAGAUAGAGGAGAAGUGCAAACCGGAGGGACCAGCCGCCUGCGUCCGGUCGAACCAGAAAGAAGGUGCCAGAUCCGUUCUUCCCCGAGCCUGGCAAGAACGCACUCAUCAUCACUGGAGGCUGGCUGAACGAGAUUUUAUACGAGAAAAAGAAGAAACGUCGUCGCCUUCGCUUGAAGCGUCUCGGAAAGAGACCCGUCUCCGCCACGCCCCAGGACUCCACCCAGCCAAUCGACGACUGGGAGAAGGAGAGUCGUCAGGUGGACUUUGUGAACAUGGCGUGCGAGUGCGAGGCGGUCAUCUGCUGUCGUGUCACGCCCAAACAGAAGGCCAACGUGGUCAGCCUGGUGAAGAAGUAUAAGAAGGCUGUCACGCUGUCCAUCGGCGACGGAGCCAACGACGUCAACAUGAUCAAGACUGCAGACAUCGGUGUGGGUAUAUCCGGUCAGGAGGGCAUGCAGGCGGUGAUGUCCAGUGACUAUGCCUUCGCUCAGUUCCGCUACCUGGAGCGUCUCCUGCUGGUCCACGGCCGCUGGUCCUACAUCCGCAUGUGCAAGUUCCUCCGCUACUUCUUCUUCAAGAACUUUGCCUUCACCCUGGUCCACUUCUGGUACUCCUUCUUCAAUGGGUUCUCAGCUCAGGUUGCCUAUGAAGAUUGGUUCAUCACCUUGUACAAUGUGAUGUACAGCUCUCUUCCUGUCCUGCUGGUUGGCUUGUUGGAUCAGGAUGUGAAUGACAAGCUGAGCAGAAAGUUUCCCAAGUUAUACCUCCCUGGUCAGCAGGGGGCGCUGUUCAACUACAAGAACUUCUUCAUCAGUCUAUUCCACGGCAUCUUCACCUCUCUGGUGGUCUUCUUCAUCCCGUACGGGGCGUUCCUCCAGACCAUGGGGCAGGACGGAGAGGCACCGUCAGACUACCAGUCCCUCGCUGUGGUCAUGGCCUCUUCUCUCAUCUUCACCGUCAACCUGCAGAUAUCUCUGGAGACGUCAUACUGGACCUUUGUGAACUGCUUCGCCGUCCUCUGCAGUAUAGCCAUAUACUUUGGGAUCAUGUUUGAUAUCCACAGUGCAGGAAUCCACGUUAUCUUCCCUUCAACCUUCACCUUCACCGGUGUAGCCCCUAACGCGCUCAGACAGCCCUAUCUGUGGCUGACCAUCAUCCUGACUGUGGGGAUCAGCCUGCUUCCUGUCAUCUUCAUUCAGUUCCUCUGCAAAACAAUAUGGCCGUCCGUUGGAGACAACGUCCAGAGGAACAGGAAGAAGUAUGAGGCGGAGGAAGAGGAGAAGAAGAAACCUGCUCCGUUCCAGCGCGACAGCCGCUCCCGCCGCUCGGCCUACGCCUUUUCUCACUCACGGGGUUACGCCGACCUCAUCGCGUCAGGCCGCAGCAUCCGACGGCGGCCUGCUGUAGUUCGCCCCGACCCAAGGGACAGUAUUACAGAAGUCCCCCAGGCCAGUAACAUAUGAGGGGGACUCACCGGCCUGGCACUAGACUGGUCCCAGAUCUGUUUGUGCGGUCUUGUCUACUCAUAGAAUUGCAUAUGGAAUGAAUAGGUAUAGAAUGUAUAGAUGUAAAAUUACACGAUCUCUAUGGUGACAAUGACCAGAGGAGUUGGCAGGACAACACAAACAGAUCUGGGAUCAGGCUAGCCUGUCCCUAUGCAUCUGGAACUGAAAACAUACCGUUGGGCCUCAUUUCAGACCAUGGUCUGAAUCUAUGCAAAGACUCUAACCAUCCAAAAGCUCACAGAAGCGCUACUAUUGGGGUUAAUGUUAUACGGUUUAUUGUGUAAACAAAAACCAAUGUUUUAAUCUCCAGGAUUUUUAAAAGUCUUUUUUUAGUUCUCCUCACCUGGAUGGUUGGAGCAUAGCUUGUCGUCAUUGGGUACUCCUGACAUACCUUGGCCUGUAUUCAUGAAGCCUCAAAGGUUAGAGCGCUGAUCUAGGACCAGCCCUGUACAUGUGAUCUUAUUCAUAUGAUCAAAAAGGGAAAAUGUAUGUUUGAGGAGCACUUUGUGAUUACGGGCCAUGGAGUAUUUGGUUAUGUUUCCUAUCAUGGUGUAAGUAAUGCUAUCUAUUGCAAGGAUUGCACUUCCUCUGGAUCUUGGGAGUUUGCCUUUAAAAAAAAAAAAAAAAACUGUCUUAAUUUAAUAUAUUGUGAAUAUUAUUUUUGGUUUGGAUUUUAAUUUACUGGAUCAGUUUUUAAAUGCGUACUUGCAGUCAGAAGGGUGUCAUAAUCAUUUAUAUUUUAUUAAUGCAAAAAGAAUAUCAGUUUUUUAUUUUUUUUGUCAGCUUGUAAGGAAGCUCAUAAGUGGUGGAACCUAACUAGAUUAUACAUUUUUUUUAAAUUUUUAACAGCUUUUAUUUUAUGGUGUCUUUACUGCUGUAAAUCAUUUGACAUACUUCAUAUGGAUGUAUGUAGUUGUUUACAUCAACCCCUAAAGAACCCUGUUGCACCUCUGGACAUGCUAGCUGUUGUUUUACCUGAGCCAAAACACCCCCAUUUUCAAAUCAAAACUGGAUGCUAGUAGCACCUAGUAUUCUGAGAUGCCAGUAGUCAGCCAUAACUCAUUUUAAUCAAUGAAGUAUGAAUGGCUUUGAUGAUUUGCCAUUUUUAAUGCUGUCUUUCUAUUGACAUUUUAAAUCCAUUUUUAUAUAUUCAGACCGUAGAAAUAGAAUGAACUAUUCUAAAAUAGAAAUCAUUCUAGUUCUGUGUCGCUGUCUCAGUCUACAAGGAUGCGGGCAUUUGCAUUGAGACUCAGCCAUGGUUAUUUGCCAAAUACACCAUUUUCCCUUUUUAUAUAUCAGCCUUGUAUCAAUAUGGCCCGUCAACUGAAACAAUACUCUGCGGUGUGUGUCACAAAUAGCACUUCAAUCCCUAUAUAGUGCACUACGUUGGACCAGGGCUCUGGUAGAAAGUAGUGCACUAUAUAGGGAUUAAAGUGCCAUUUGGGACAGUGCUGUUUAUUCUGUUACAUACAUACUUGUUUCUCUGUGUAUAAAGUACCAUAUCUACGCAAACCUUUUAAAAUAGUUACAGUCCAUUUGGUAUACAGCAACAGAUCCAUAGGACCCCUUAUCACUACCGUUUUAAAAAUGUGUUUUUAGCAUAUGUAAAAAAUGACUUUGAAUAAAAACUACCGAUACAGAGAA